GUGGAGAGGCACCCAGAGUUACGCGGGGGAUUGUUUUGCUAGAUAUGUCAGCUUACAAAGGACACAUCUCUGCUCUUUAAAAAAUCCUCUCCAAAAUGUCAUUUCCCAAUAGCUCUCCCGUUGCCAAUACGUUUUUGGUUGAUUCGUUGAUCGGGGCUUGCAGAACAGACAGUUUUUAUUCUAGCAGCAACAUGUACAUGCCAUCCAGUGCUGAGAUGGGAACUUACGGAAUGCAAACCUGUGGACUCAUGCCGUCUCUCGGCAAAAGAGGGGAAGUUAACCACCAAAAUAUGGGCAUGAAUGUCCAUUCCUACAUACCUCAAAUUGAUAACUGGGCAGAUCCGAAUAGGUCUUGCAGAAUAGAGCAACCAUCCAGCCAGAUUCCCACUUGCACAUUUUCACAAAAUAUAAAAGAAGAAAGCAACUGCUGUAUGUACGACAAGAGAGCAAAGGACAGUUCGUCUGAGAUUCCCGGGUAUUCGAAUAUGAUUCCAGAAUCCUGCUCCGUUGAAGGUCCAGAAAUCCCUGUCCCUGGCUAUUUUAGACUGAGCCAAACUUACGCGACUGGAAAAAGACCGGAAUACUGCCAUGAGUCAACGAGUCCGAACGCUACACUGGUGCAAUUAAACAGAGUGAUUCCAAAAUCGCAAGCAACGUCUUUUGUAGACAUCGAGAAGAAAAUCCCUGAAACUCCACAUAACCGGGAGACGAGACGGACACCUACCCCAGUGGAGAGCCCCGAUCCAAAGUCACAGGAGGAGAAGAAUUGUUCUACUGAAACGUCUGCCUCCAGCCCAGAAUUGCCACAGAAGGAAACGAAAGACUGCAAAACUGACACACCAACUAGCAAUUGGCUGACAGCAAAAAGUGGACGGAAAAAGAGAUGUCCUUACACGAAGCAUCAAACCCUGGAAUUAGAAAAGGAGUUUUUAUUCAACAUGUACCUGACUCGGGAGCGCCGCCUAGAGAUCAGUAAAAGUGUCAACCUUACUGAUAGACAAGUCAAGAUUUGGUUCCAGAACCGCAGGAUGAAGCUGAAGAAGAUGAGCAGGGAAAACCGAAUUCGAGAACUUACCUCAAACCUAACUUUCUCUUGAGCAUGUAAACGAAUGUAUAUUUCAGAAACCUCUUGGUCCUUUCAAAAAAAGGAUUAUCUGGAGACCAUUGGACAUUGUUUCUAGUUUUAUUUUCCACUUUGCGAUACUGUGAUUGUUGCUACUUCAUUUUAAUUGUAUUUUGGUGGUAUUUUAAACGUAAAGCAUUGUGUAAUUUAAAAUAUAUUUCACAGGGUAACAUUAAUGUGGUUUAGGUCUUAAAUUAUAGAAAAUGACAGAAAUUCAUCUGCGGAGUGUAUGUUUUGAUAUGGUCACAUCGCCGCACGUAACCUUUGCUUUUGAAACCCAUCUACAUUGGUUUUGAACAUGAAAGCACAUCUACUGUUUGUAGCCUAAGUAAAUAGUAACUAAGUCAUUACGUCUUAAUAAAGUAAGUCAUUUCUCGACAAAUUGAAUAUAUAUAGGCCUACAUUUCUUCUUACCACAACACUGUAAAAGUUCCUGUAUAAAAUGUGGUAGCCUAUCCAAUGUUAAAAUGUGCGUGUAACUCCCAAUGCAUGUUUG